GAGACGUGCAAGCUGCCUGUGGAGGUGACGCUAAUGAAGAUGGUGUCCCAGCCACCUUGCUGUAGCAACAUAGUGAAGCUGCUGGAGUGGUUUGACAUGCCCGAUCGAGUUGUCCUGGUCCUGGAACGGCCCAGCCCCUGUAUGGACCUUAAAGAAUUCGCUAUGCUUCAGAACGGUUGUCUGUCUGAGGCACAGACUCGAGACAUCGUGCUACAGGUGGUUCAGGCUGCUCGGCACUGCUGCGACCGCGGAGUUUUGCACCGAGACAUCAAGGCCAAGAAUCUCCUAAUCAACACUGAUACAUUGCAAGUCAAGCUGAUAGAUUUUGGCUGUGGUGACUUGCUGAAGGACACCCCCUACGAAAAUUAUUCAGGCACUCUUGCGUUUGCACCUCCUGAGUGGGUGAUGUUCAAAGAGUAUAACGGCAUUCCUGCUACCAUCUGGGGUCUGGGUAUACUCCUGUACAACUUGCUCUGUGGAGAUUACCCCUUUAAAUCAGAGGAGGACCUUGAUGAUGGGUACCUGAAUUUAUGUCCCGGUGUGUCUCGAGAUGUCCUCGAGCUAAUGAUGUGGUGCCUGGAACUCGACCCUGAAUUGCGUCCAACUUUUGAGCAAUUACUCAAGCAUGAGUUUUUUACAGAGGGAGUUCAGGACAAAGUCCGGAUUCCUCCGGAAACCCAGUUUUGAUAACACAUAGUAGAAAAAAAAUAACCAUAAUAUAAAAUAUAAAAAAUUAAAAUUACACACAUAACAACUAAAUUUAAACCAACUAAACCAAUUAAAAAUUUUUA